CCAGACUUCAUGGAAUCUUGCAAAUUUAGCAUAGAUUACAUUGAUGUCAAUAACCAAAGUGGUCUCAGAGAUGUGCAAUCGAUAAAAAAAAGCCCUCUUUCCAAAGAGAAUGUUAAAAAAAGGAAGAAAGAAAGCUUCCUAAAGCACAGUUACUAGUAACCUGGGCGCCGAUAAGCGUGUCUUCUUGAUCGAACCGUGGCAAAUUGAAAUGUUCUUAAUUUUGUUAUCAAUAUUGACUGGAUUCUAUAAGCCUCUACUUGGACUUAAGUCUAAGAACUUAACUAUAGGGGUACUUGUACCAAUGACCGGAAGCUGGUCAGGGGGCAAGGCAUGUAAGCCGGCUCUAGAGAUGGCUCUUGAAAGGGUUAACAGGGAUCCAAGAAUUCUACCAGAAUAUCACCUUAAUAUGGAGGUCAGCGAUAGUCAGUGUAAACCAGGUGUUGGGACAAGUUUGUUUUACGAUUUCCUGUAUUCUGAGCCUCCUAAGAUGAUGGUUCUAUCGGGUUGUAGUGUGGUGUCCACCUUCAUAUCACAAGCUGCCAAACUGUGGAACAUAAUUGUUUUAGGUUACGGAUCCAGCUCUCCUUCACUCUCUGACAGACGACGGUUUCCAAGUUUCUUCAGGACACAUCCAUCAGCCACACUACACAAUCCGGCGAGAAUCAAAAUAUUCCAGAAGUUUGGGUGGAGUAGGAUAGCCACGAUUCGACAAAAGGAAGAAGUAUUUUCGUCUACAGAGGAAGAUCUUGUAAAGCGUAUUAAAGCUGCUGGUAUGGAGAUUGUAACGAGACAAGAAUUCUUAUCGAACCCCUCCAAUGCGGUGGCAAAUCUUAAGAGACGGGAUGCGAGGAUUAUUGUUGGGAUGUUUUAUGAAAAUCUGGCAAGAAAAGUUUUCUGUGAGGCAUAUAAGAACAAACUGUACGGCAAACGUUACGUGUGGUUCCUUGUUGGCUGGUACCCUGAUAAAUGGUAUGAAAAGCCUGACCCAGAAGUGGACUGUAUUCCGGUUCAGUUGAAGUUAGCACUGGAGGGGCACUUCACGACUGAAGCAGAGAUUAUUCACCAAGACAGACUCGCCAGAACAGUUUCAGGAAUGACAUCAGCAGAAUUUAAAACUGAGCUAGAUAGAAGGCUGAAUUACAGGACGGACGUUUCGGGUUAUCCAGAGGCUCCACUUGCAUUCGAUGCCAUCUGGGCCUUGGCUUUAGCGCUGAACAAGACGGAGAAAAAACUAAUACAUAUUGGAUCUAGUCUUCAGAACUUCCAGUACAGUAGAGAGGAUAUAUCACAAAAGAUUUACUCCUCAAUGAAUGCUACUCACUUUCUUGGUGUGUCGGGCAUCGUAGCGUUUUCAUCUGAAGGAGAUCGCAUUGCGUGGACAAUGGUGGAGCAAAUGACAAAUGGAACAUAUAACACCCUUGGAUGCUACCAUCAAAUGUCGGACAACCUUUCAUGGCUUGGUGUUGAAAGGUGGAUUGGCGGACACCCUCCUCCAGACCACACUCGCAUUAUUACGUCACCAAAGGUUAUUCCUUCAAACGUAUUCCUUACCUUCACUUUACUUGCUGGAGGGGGCGUCUGUUUUGGGAUCUUUUGCUGCAUCUUUACUUUCCUCAAUAGAUAUCGAAUGUGCAUCGUAGAUUCUCAGCCGGUAAUGAACGUUUUAGUGAUACUGGGUUGCAUUAUUUCCUUGAUGGCAGUUCCUCUUUUUGGACUGGACCAGAAUUAUAUCUCUCCUGAAACAUUUACUGUCAUUUGUCAGCUGAGGGCUUGGUGUCUUCUGGCAGGGUUCUCUGUAGGAUAUGGAGCAUUGUUUUCAAAAGUUUGGAUGGUUCACAGAAUAAAUACAAAAACAAAAGGAAAGACGAUAAAUUCAUCGGAAUUGUAUGCGGUAUUUAUCCUUAUCCAGACAAUAAAUGUAAUUAUUCUGACAUCUCUGCAAAUUAAAGACCCACUGUUUCGACAGUUGCUCAUAUUUGAUCUUGAAGUUCCCACCAACACUGAUGAGGACAUAAAACUCCGCCCCCAACUAGAGUUUUGUGAUGCAAAACAAAUGAGCAUUUGGCUAGGCGUAACACUUGGAUUCAAUGGAGUAAUUUUACUGUUUGGUAUUUUUCUGGCCUUUGAAACCCGGAGUGUUAAACUCCAGAACUAUAAAGACUCCCGAUCUGUUGCCAUUGCGAUCUACAAUAUCAUGGUACUUGUUUCCAUUUCUUUACCGUUAUGCUUCAUUAUCAGCAAGCAGCACGUUGCGAAGUACGCUUUCGUGGCCGGGUGUGUCCUUCUCUCCUGCUACCUGUCAAUGGGUUUUCUCUUUCUUCCAAAGAUCCUGGUCAUUAUGAGAUCUACAGAAUCUGCACGAGAUGUGAGAUUUCUAGAAGACAACCAAACUCAGGACGGGGAGGAAUGUAGUUUACACCAGAGCCUGGAGAGUGAGAAUGAAGACCUGAAGAUCUCUAUACAACAGAUAGAGAAUAAAUUGGUUGUUUUGAAUAGACAAUUAAUACAGAAAUCGUAUCAGAGAGUUUAUUUAUCAGUGCGACAACGAGAGAAUAGGGCAUAUAUGAUCUCCAGGUUAAAUAGUGACGAAGACAACUCGUGCUGAUUUAUAGAUUUAGCAAGUACUGAACACAUAGUACAUGUAAUUAAAGAGAACUUUGUUUAUAGCUGGGUAAAAGUUCUUUGGUUUAUGUACAGUUUUUAGAUCAUAAAUAAAGCACCCAUUGCA